AUGGGCAUUGAUCUGGCGGGACUGUCUUGGGCACGGCUUGCACUGGUCGUCGCCCUGCUUUACCUACCCUGGCUGGCCUUCUACAGACUAUACUGGCACCCGCUCGCGAGGUUCCCCGGCCCGCCGCUGGCCGCACUCACUCGCUGGUACGAGGCUUAUUAUGAUGUCGUCUGCGGCGGCCACCCGUGUGAGCUCCAUGUCAACGACCCUGCCUUUUACAAGCAGCUUUACACCCAGGAUGGGCGCUGGGACAAGUACGGUUGGGCCACCGCGGCCUUCGGAGCGCCAACAGCCACUCUCCAUACUCUUGAUUCGUACCAACACAAGCGCCGUCGUGCCGCGCUCAACCCCUUCUUCUCCAAGGCCAACGUGAACCACCGCGUCAUCGGAUCCAUGACCGAAAAGCUGUGUCGUCGUCUGAGUGCACUCCCCAGUGGAGAGACCAUCAACCUCGGAAAUGCGAUCAGCGCCUUGACCAGGGAUAUCGCCACCGAGGUCCUCAUCGGUGGGAGCUUCAACCAUCUGGAGGCAGACGAUUUCCACGCCGAACUAGCGACGCUGCAGCAGAAUGGAGGCGAGAUCUGGCGCACGACCAAACACAUCCGCUGGUUCGGUCCGCUGAUGCAGUCCUUGCCCCUCAGUGUCGUCGAAAAAUUGGGGGACAAAGGUCUCUUGAACUUUCUGUCGUAUAUUGAGUGGGGCAUGAUGAAAAUCACGCAAGAUAUCUUGUCGCAGUUUCAAGCCUCUGGUGAUGAGUUCUCUCUUGGAAAAGGCGAACAUGCCCCCACCAUUGUCCACCAGGUCCUGGCCUCUGACCUUCCGCCGUCCGACAAGGCCUUCGAGCAUCUCUCCGAGGAGGUCAUGACUGUCACAAGUGCCGGCAUGGAGACCACUGCCAACUCCCUGCGCGUUACGACAUACCACAUUUUCAAUUCCCCUGAUGUCCUCCGCCACCUGAGAGAGGAGCUCACUGCUUCCAGUGUCGACCUGUCUGACCUAGAGACAAAGGACGGAGCCCAUCUUGCGACGCUCGAGGCCUCACCGUACCUUACUGCGGUACUCAUGGAGGGACUACGACUUAGUACACCCAUUGCAUCGCGCUCACAGCGAAUAGCACCCGACCGCGAAUUACAGUACCGUCAAUGGCGCAUUCCCGCUGGCACCCCUGUCGGCAUGACGCUCCUGUUGAUGCAUCGGGAUGAGAAUCUUUACCCAGAGCCCAGCAAAUUUGACCCGGGCCGGUGGCUUGACACAUGGGCAGAGAUUUACAUCGUCAUUGCGACGCUGGUCCAACGUUUCGAUUUGCAAUUCGACGGUGUAGGGCUGCUCGACGUCGAGCCAGUGAGCGAUAAGUGGAUGGCCGCAACUGCUCGGCAGAAUGGGUUCAAGGCUCUUGUGACGCCGCGUCUGUAA